AAAAAGAACGGACCACACAACGGACAAACUUGUCGCUGCCGAGAAGCAGCCAUGGCGAACGCGAGAGUACGCAGCGGCCCCGCUCCGACGGGUUUCUAACGUAAUGUUGCGUGUGACAUAGCUACAUCGUGCCCAUUUCUGUCUCCGCGACACAGCGAAGGUUUGAGAGAAGCUCAGGGCGAGUGAAUGAAUUUUGCUAGGAUAUGUCGUGAUCGCCCGCGCUGUUGAUGGAUGUGCGCGGAGACCGUAUGCAUUCAUCGGUCCGCUGGGUACAGGACCGACCAAUAUGUCUUGGAAAGCCGACUUGGAUGGCGACGACGAGGACUUGCAGAGCGACGUCGCUUUUUUCGACCCUGAAGCUGCCUCCACGUCUCAGCCGUGUUACAUCCAGGGCGACGGCGUCGAGCCCCCCUGCAGCGCAGCAGCGGUCGAUCUUGGGAGCCUAGGUCAGAACAUUCGCGAUGCCGUUUCUUUCACUGCGCAGGGCGCGCUUUCGUCUAGCAGCAGUUCCAUUGGUGGCAACUCAGGCCUGUUGCCAUUUGAGUCGUCGUACCGGCUACCGAGCUCGAGUUUCUUUGCUAGAAGAAUAAGCCCCCCCGUGGCGCCGCAGAACGUUUCCCUGACCGACCGCGACAUGAAAGAGCCGUCGCCUCCACUGCUCCGAAACAGUUGCAUGGAGCAGGACGAUGAAAAUGAGGACGUGGAUGGUCAGGACGCAGCCAGCAGCCCACGUUCGAGCGUCACGGACUCGGAGGGACUGUCGUCAUUCAGCGAGGGCUCGAUGGAGGACCUGUCGGAGUCGGAGUCCAUCACGGACGUGACGCCACUUCAUUCGCCUUACAUGUGUGACAGCCCCGUGCCCGUAAUGAAACUACCUGUCAGCAAACUGACGAUGUCUGAAGCAGGCAUAAACGGCGUUACCCGUUCCGGCGACAGCAGCAGCGGCAGCGAUUCUGAUAGAAGUUCCUUCAGUGGCGCCAGGCGCAAACGCUCGUCCGCCGUGCCAUUGCCUGGCAAGGUGCGCCUGGGAAGCAAGCACCAACAGCGAGAACCCGUUGACCUGCAGCUUCUCGUGGACGCCAUCAGGCGCCUCGAGGCGCAUCAAUGCGAGCAGGGCCAGGCCAACCGGGCACGCAAGGAACCCCGGGCCAAGGGGCGCAAGAAUAUGUCAUUCUCGAAUGAAGAAGUCCAGCGUAUCGACCGCGAAAACCAGCGACUCUUGAAGCGGAUCUUGGCACAGCAGAACCGACCGAGGCCAAAAUUUGACUCAAGGACGCCGUCCCGCCUGGCGCCUUCGGCCAUCAACCGGCAGCGACAGCAGCGGCAGAUUGAAGUGGAAAACCUCGCACUUCUCAAGAGAAUUGAGUCUGCCAAGCCAUCUCGAGAAGUGGCACCUUCGCAGGACCUCAGCCAUGUGCAGAGAGCACGAUCCCACUCCCUCUCUCUGACGCGACAUACUCUGCAGACUCCUCCGGUAAUGGCGACAGCAGCAACACCACCGCUGGCAGGGGUCAAGCAUUUCCCACCACGCCAGAAGCAUCACUCCCACUGAGCUUGGCUGUCCUUUCGCCUUUGCAAUGAAACAGUGUUGUGAAGAAUGCAGCCCACCAAAGUUCCUCUUAUGGCAUUGCAGUGGACUUAUCCUUACAUUAGCUGUCUGUGUAGCCACACCCAGUCGCACACAUUUGUGCUGAGAGUGCACACCCAGCACUCUCAGCUAGUGGCAUGGUGAUAAAGGGUUUAAGAAGGCACUGUCUGGUUUUGUUCUUGCCAUCUUGUGCUGGGUAUCCUGUGUCUUAAGCCAAACUUUAUGCUUUGGCUAUUUAUUUGCCAUGUUAAUUGAUUGUAUUGUUUCUACUACAAUUAACAUAUUCAUACAAAUUUCCCAAUAGUCGUCUAGGCAUAUACAACAGAACUGCAUUUCGCCACUGUUGUGGACACUUGGUUGUCAGCUGUGGAUGCUUUUGGUUUUUGUACCUCAUCUGCCAUCCCAAGUUGUGGGUGCAUGGCACUCACUGAAAUAGUUUCAGCCAAGUGGCAAUCAUGGUCAGUGAAAAAAGUAGCACUUGCAGUCUGAGCAAUGCUUGAUAUUUCACAUACUUUUAUGCAAUCGCAGCAAUGCAGAAGUUUAUGGUGCCGGUGAAUACUGCACUUUGAUCAAGCUUGCUAUUGUACUUGGUCAAGAAUGUUGCCUGAAAAAUGUAUUGUACAGUAUGCUUCAUUUCUUUAAUGGAGCAUGAAUAAUUGAUUCGACGUUUGCAAUGCUCACAUGUGGCAUUCAUUCCCUUCAGCUGUGCUAGUGAAAUAAGCCUUUGUAGCUGACAAAGCAUGUCUGCUGCGCAACACAACAGCUAAUCCACAGUUUGUAUGACUGAAAUUUUGUAUGCCUAAAUCCUUAAAUAUCAAUUGUUUUUCUAUGUGUCCAUGAUGCACCAAUGUGCAAGUUUUACAAGGUUCAUUUAUUACCCCCUAAGGUGUCACUGUGUAUGGUCUGAGAGCUUUAAUGAAACGGUGCAAAAGCUUUAUUGUGGAACAGCACUGGCUAUUGAAAUACGUAGUGUGGGAAAAUACCUACAUGUUACACUAUGAUGCUGGCAUUGUGUUACUAAUUAUGUUUACAACACAGGCGUCCCAAACAGACCUUUUUGCUCACAAUGCCGGAAACGGUCCCCAUUUCACUGAAACAAUAUGGCGUAGAUAAAAAGUAACAGGAUACAUUGACGCAGUGCCACUCAGUCUUACAAUGGAAGGCAUGUACAAUACUUCUUGUGUCAGGAAUGCUGUUACACAGGCAGUGGCACAUGCUAUAUUGACAUUGCAAUGUGCAUGAAAUUUUCAGCCUGCCAUGGCCAGCAUUUGUAAAUAAUUUUGUCAGAAGUUUUAGCUGUGCCUGUGCAUGAGGCAGCUUCUUGGCAACUGCUCAAUGGUCUUGCAACCUUGUGGAGAGACGUGUACAUAGGCAUUUUCUUUCUUUCUUUUUUAGCAACGUACAUACUAGAGCUUGGUGCAUGGCAUUGUGAGGCACACUUUAUUUUUGUACAUAAAUCUACUUUAUGCUCGCGUACAGUUGCAUCCAAAGGCUCAGUGUAGUUAGUUUUACAUUGCGCUUGUGAGCUACAUAAAAGUAGGCUCUUAAAUUAUGUUAAGGGACACUGUGGCAGCUCCUUGACCAUUAUGAAGAAGCAGUUGUCUUAUAUUUCUGCAGCUGGAUGAUGCAUAAGACAGAUAAAGUUGUAUAGAAAUGCUGAAAUUUAAGCAGAAAACGCUAUGUCAACACCAAACCUGAAUUGAGCAUUUUGGAGAGCCAAUUAUGACAUCAGUUAGUGUGUUGAGUUACAACAAAUUCCAAAUGUUCUUGUGUGACGCAGCUCUUGUUGGUGCAUAAAAAGAGGUUGCUUUGUGAAGGUCAUGUUAUUGCUGAAAUCUCUAUGGUGGCAAAAAAAGCUGAAUGCAGUCUGCGAUUGUAAUAAGCAUUCUGUACCUCUUGUUUAGAAGCAGCUUUACAGGAUGCUGGGGAACUGCUGCUCCAAUGCUGGCACUAUAUGGCUGGCAAGCACGAGGCAGGAAUUCACUUUCAAAGGAAAAGAUUGCGGGCGCACGGCAUACCUUGAAAUGAGUUGGCGAAAAAACUAUGUGGUCGUACUAUUUGGCCAAAGUAUCCACGAGAACAUACAUCACAGGUUUUGUUCAGACAUACAAGCCUCAAAAGAUCACUGGAGUCUGCACACACCUUGCUGCUAAGUAUCUUGACAUUGAUUUGGAACUGAUGGCAAAGCUAGUGUGCCAUCAGCCUGCUAGUGUGCAGGCUGAUGUGCCUGUUAAUACGAGCAGCUUUAGGAAUGGCACAGUAUGCCAGGUGUCAUGGUAGCAUAUGUACGUUUCUCUGUUUCUGACAUAAAUGAAUCGGUUUUAGUUUCACUGACAAGCUAUCACUGAUAAGAGGAGUCUUCAGCGCCAACUACAUUUUUAUGCACCAGCUUAGACUGAGCAAAUGUUAGAUGCCCUGUCCACAUAACUCAAGCAACAUUCCUAACUCAUUUUCAUUGAACGCUAGUGGUAUGCAAAUAUUCAAAAUUUCAAAUGCAGGUCUAAUUGUCUUUGCUAUUCAAUUUGUAUUCGAUUCAACAAUUUACUAUUAGAUAUUGCCGAAUAUUUAUUGAUGUUAAAGUUAAAAGAAUAACAAUGCUGAUUGCAGCUUAAAGGGAGAGAAAUCGAUAAAAGAGGACUGUUCUGAAUAAUUUGCUGGAGGAGAAACACAGUUGUUGUGCAGAGUUCAUGAGCAAAAGCACGCAGCAGAUUAGCUUCUGCCUAAUCAUUUCCCAUCAUUGACUUUCGGUCAGCCGAGUACGAAUUUGUAGACAACGAAAAUUAUGAUUGGCCGAUUUCACCAUGUUCGAAUUCCUCUAAAACAAUGUGCAGAGCUCUGGUAUUCUCUGUUUUAUCACAAUACUCCAUGCACAUCUGGUAACGUGCUGUUCCCGUUUCACUGUUGUCAUAGUCGUGAUGCACUAUGCAAGUGAAAGCAGUCGUUUCUCAUCUAGAAGCUGCUCAAUUGACUGAAUAUCCAAUUACAAAGUAUUACAGGAAUAUGUAACAAAUAAUGGAGUUAAGCCUCUUUAUAUACCAGAUGCACUUCUCACAAAAGUUGCAUUUCAUUUUCUUUCUUCUUUAAGAUUUGAUAUUCUGAGGUCCCUCGGAAGUGCAGAUGUAAACCAAUGCGAGCACAAGCUUGCAUGCAUUUGGGCUAGAGAUUUCCAAGGGGAGUUCAAACAUAGUAUCCAACUGCCUAUUUGAGCAGUCUUGGUAGAUAUAAGACAUGCAAAACUUUAUGGCAAUUUAGGUAGUGUUUUUUGUGCCAAUGAAAUGCUAUAUAUGUCCAAAGCCACAGGGCACAAGGCCCAGGCUAACCACAUUUAUUAUUGAUACAGUUGACUUCCAUUAAUGCAUCUAGGACAUGCAAAAUAAGUUUGGAUUGAUAGAAUGUAAAAUUGGCAGUGAAAUGAAAUUCUAUUCGCUUGCAGUACCUUACAGUGGCGACCAGCCCUUGCAUUUUGAAGUCAGCAUUGUACAGGAAGCUUGAAUUGCCAGUAUGGGCAACACAUUACCCACCUUGUCACUGUACUAAGGAUUUUUGGUCCAUCUUUGAUGUCACUUCUGAGCCCAGCUCAGACUGCUAAGUCAUACGCUGUUGGUGGCUGGGAAGAGGUUGCAGUAUACAAUUGUGUUGAAAAAAAAAAAAGGUCUGUUGACAAAUCAGUAUGUACAUUUGCAUUUGUUGGCUUCAUUUCCUCUACACCUCUGCAUCUAAAAGCACCAUUUUCAUCCUCCUGCUCCUCAAUUCUCUCGUACUCUAUGGAUGCAACUUGUUCCACUCAUUUUUGGUGCACCUGGCAGGUGGUGUCUGUGCUGCAGCCCCACUACUUGAUUAUAGAAUGUCCAUGUUGACACAUUAGCAUGACUUGCAGAGCUUGUAUCCUACUCAUAAGGAACUAUUUUAUUAGAUUCACAGUGACAUGUCUUUUCCUACAUGGAAAAGUAAAAGCUUGAAUUGAGACUUUCAGACGCAUUCAACUGACAGAUUAACCAAUGUCAAACUAUUGUACUAAUGUUUGGCACUAUACAAAUAUUGAGAAUUUUAAGAAUGGCAGACAGGAGCAUCGUUACUUAAAUAGCACAGCCAAAAAUUAUUUCAUAAUUGUGAUAAGUCAUGCAUUGCAUGACGUUGACCCAUAGAGAAAAAAAAAAUGAAGCCUCAACAAUCCCAGAAGCACUGCAGAAACCAUGGCAGAAGUUGCAUGUCAUUUUAGGCUUUGUUGUCCUCACUUACAGCCGAAACAGCAAUGGUUGUGCUCUGUGGGUGACAUAGCUAUGGUUGGCGUGGAGGCAGAGAGGUCAGUUUUGAGAUUGGAAGCGGGUAGAGAGGAGGACGAGGGGAGUCCUCGUAAAGUUUCGAGAAGCAAUGUUGGGGCCUCUCCAAACAUUUAAAGUGAAGCUUUCUUGGCAAACCCUCCUAGACAUUCCCCGAAGGUGGCUGCUGGCUUACCAAAUAGGUCGCACGCAGAACCGCACUGCUACCUUUACUACCCUCGUAGGUGACCAUGCUGAUAUUUUCUACAGAAUUACUUAAUAAAACAAUGAUGCCCAAAUCCUCAUUGCAACAAAUAUAAGUCACUGAAACAAUUUCUUUAAUAAAGCAAACCUUUCUAUGUCUACUUUCCUAACCACUGGGCAACAGUUUCGUUUAUACUUCUAUCGUGCCAACACCAACUACCUCUUUGUGAUGAUUGCAGUGUGUCGAUUCUCGUACUAUGGUACAUACCCAUGACGAUGGAUUGAACAAGCAGGCAGUACAUUUAAAAUAAGAAAUGAAAAAAAUACAAGGCAAUCCAAGAGUUGUUGCAUUGCAUAGCACGAGUGCACAACGUGCCAGUUCCCAUAAUUUAUGCCAAGGAUGCAGGAAUGAAAUGGGCAAAUUUAUAGUACUCAAGUAACCACUUUACGAAAGCUUCGUUGCACAUAUUCCAACAUGUGCAUUGCAUCUGUAUUACUUUUUCUUACUGCUAUGUGGCCACUGCGUUUUUUUUCUUUUUCAAGUGAAGCUUGUAUUGGCACACAUGUGGUGUUGUCGUGGUCAUGAAAAAAAAAACCAGUUGCACCCAGAGCAGAGCAGGUGCGAGAAAUGGCGGUUUGAUGAGUUGACAGCUCCGUAGGUGCCAAAGUGUCAUUAGCAUGAAUUCCAGCUGCAUAUGUGCACGCUCACAGUAAACGCACAACCAAUCGGAGCCAUUUCACUUUCAUUUGGGAAGGAAAGGGUUUCGCAUGUGCUGCCGCCGGUUUCAUUUACGUUCAGUUCAGUCUCGGAAAAUGGAUGGGACAGUCACGCGCUGUGUGUUCCCCCAAGGAACAGGCAGCCUUCAACGAGUGGCAGCGCGAACUUGCCCUUGAAAAGGCGUGCCGAUCCAGCUGUUAGGAGCCGCCCAAGCAAGCCAGGCAAUCUGACAGCAACGAGAAGAUCCUGAGCUGAGGGAGCAGAAGGCCGAAGCAAUCCGGCAUCAUUACCUGCGGAUUACUUAACCGUGACAAAGGUCAGGUGCACGCAGGACAAGCUUCACUUAUCCCACUUUCCAAUAGGGGAAGGGUUGGUCAUUUAUCAAUUUUUAUAAUAGAUAAAUGACCUUUAGCAUUUAGUCUGGAGCACUUGGAAAAAAUAUUAGUGCUAAAAACAUUUUGGUGUAUCAGACUGACAUCGAAAAUGUAUCACCUUUUCUCAAGUAAAACUGGCUAUAUUUUUUUAUGUCCACUGCAGAAUGAACGCCUCUCUCAGUGACCUCCAAUUACCCGUCGUGCACUAGCUAAUUGCAACUUGCACCUGUGAAUUUCCCAAUUUCAUCACCCCACCCAAUUUUCUGCCAUCCUAGACUGUGCUUCCCUUCCCUUGGCAUCCAUUUGCAACUCGCUGUUUAUCUGCCCUACGCAUCUUCAUGUCAACUAGAAUAUCGGCUAUUCCCAUUCGCUCACCAAUAUACACCGCUCUCUUACCUGUUGCAGGAGUACGUUUAUUUAAGUCAAUUACUCACAGGGAUUCUGAUCAUGAGAAGGACAUUUACAGAAUAAUAAAAAUGGGUUGAAGCACAUAUGGCAGGCAUUACCAAAUCCAUACUGGGAGCUUGCCACUAUCAUAGAAAGUAAAUGUACAAUCAUUGCAUUCUACCAGUGCUAACAUAUGGGGAAGAAACUUUAAGACUAACGAAGAAGCUCGAAAACAAGUUAAGGACAUGCAAAGAGCAAUGAAACCAAAAAUACUAGGCAUAACAACCACAGUACUAUACUACUACAGGAACUCUGCCUCGAAAGAACAAUACUACUGCCCGAACUAGUCAAGCUGUGUGUUGCAACCUUAGUCAAGUUACGCUGCCAUGCUUGUAGAGCGUGUACAUAGUGCAUUGAAAUGUGCAAUGGGUUGCGUUUCUGGGUAUUGUGCUUGACAAAGACUGCCAGUUCAAUCUCUCCCAUUGUUCAUGCACAAUGUCUGGGCAGAGCACUUGCAUAUCAAAAAUUUUGGUGUGUAACUUAUGGAUGAAGGCCUGCAAAAAUUGUAGCUAAACCUGCAAGAGCUUCAUGCUAAUUGUUUAAAUCAAAUUUUAUGCAAGGCAUACCAGAUGCUGCUAUUCUUUGAGAAAAAUAUCUGUGUGGGGAGGCAUUAUGUCACAGCAUAGCAUUUUUGGUCUCUUGGGCUUGGACUCUCAGGCAAAACAAUAGCAUACACAAACUAUGCGUGAUCCCUAGAACGCUUGUGCCUUUGCAGGAAUUUGUAAGAAGCAUUUAUGUAAUCUUGGCCAGAAAUGUUUUUCACUAAGUGUUACCUAACAAGUACAGCUUGUCAUUGAACUAUGUUCAACAUAAAUGGCCACAUUUGUUAAUCUGUACAAUACUGUGUAUGCAAAGACUCACGCCAUGCAAGCCCAGUAAAGCUGCAGUGCCGGCAUAUUGUGUAGGCAAGCACAUGGCUUGCGGGUUCCACAUGUGCAGUUGAUUCACAAUUGGAGUGUUGGAAAAAUGGUCUCAUGGUAAAGGACAUGUUUGCUAUUUGCCGUUUGUUCAAAGUGUUGAAUAAAAAGUGCUUCGAACUUGGC